CUCCCGCUUCCCUCUUCCCACACUCUUCCUUCGCCUACUGGCUCUUCUUCUCCCUUUGCCGGGUCGCUCUCUCCCGCUCCAAACGCUCGCGCCGUGUCUCUGUCUCACGAACCUCCCGCACCCAUCGAGCUCUUCGCAUCCGGUUCCUUCUCCCACCUGCAAGACUCUCUGCACACUCCAGUUCUUGCUCCGCAGUGCGUUUCUUGGCGCGCUAGCUAGCUAUUUGGUGCCCCGUCGCAACUUCUCGGAAUUUCUAGCAUGGGGGCGGGUGCUUCGGACCUCGCGGUGGAGGAGGCAAGCUCCGGGCUGGGCGACAUGCCGGAGCUGUGCGCCGCGGAGGUGCUGCUCCGGCUGGGCGCGCCGGACAUAUGCCGGCUCGCGGGGCUCAACCACGCGUUCCGCAGCGCCGGAGCGGCGGACUUCGUGUGGGAGGCGAAGCUGCCUGAGAACUACAGGUACCUCAUGGGGUUCGUCGAUGGUGGAGAGGAGAAGGGAGGGGAUCAAUGGCAGAAGAGCGUGGUGGGGAAGAAGGAGGUCUACGCCAGGCUCGCCAAGGCUGUGCGGUUUGAUGAUGGCAAAAGGGAAUUCUGGUUGGAGAAAAGCACAGGCAUGAUUUGCAUGGCAUUAUCCUCAAAAGCGCUGGUGAUAACGGGGAUCGAUGACAGGAGAUAUUGGGCUCACAUGCCAACCACAGAAUCUAGGUUCCAUUCCGUCGCGUACCUCCAGCAAAUCUGGUGGUUCGAGGUGGUCGGGGAGAUCGACUUCCGCUUCCCGGCGGGGACCUACAGCCUCUACUUCAGGCUCCGUCUCGGGAAGCUGGCCUCCAAGAACUCCGGCCGCCGUGUCAGCAGCGGCGCCGACAAAAAGGACAGCAUCCACGGCUGGGACAGGAAGCCCGUGCGGUUCCAGCUCUCGACGUCGGACGGCCAGAACGCCGUGUCGCAGCGCUACCUGGACGACGAGCCGGGGAGCUGGGCACUGUACCACGCCGGCGACUUCGUGGCAUCCGAGCACGGCCGGCCCGUGAGGCUCAAGUUCUCCAUGGCGCAGAUCGACUGCACCCACACCAAAGGCGGCCUCUGCGUCGACUCGGUGCUCGUGUACCCCAAGGGGUUUCGGACAGAGAAAGUUGUGGUUGGUGCUUAGAACUUAGAAGUGAGAUUAUUUCAGCACUAUCGGGUUACUUACUUAGCUUGGUACUGUAAUUAGAGAGCUUGGAGAAAUGUAGUAGGAUUUAGGAGAUC